AUGAAGAGAGAGGACGUUGUGAGGAUAGAGAUUGAGCACCAUGACGAAAACUCGUUCCACACGACUUACAAGGUGGAAAGAUACACCGAAUAUGCCAAGGAUGUCGAGAAGAUGAUGAAUGUCCACCUCAACAACGAAAAUAUCUCCCACCGGGUCGUCACGAACCCUGGCCCUCCGAAAGGAUUUGCGCCCUUCUGGAACUGCCGCGGCUGGUUCACAAGCACCAAAGGUGAGAAGGUGCGCUAUCCACGCCUGGGCUCUUUUGAAGUGACCGUCCUCACCUCCUCGGACUUUGCGCCGCCGAGUUCUGGGCUGCCACCACGGCUCCAGGUGUGGUCCAAGCUCAGCUCACAUCGCUGGCCGGACCCCGACACCCUUGCACAAAAGGUCGCCCGGAUUCUCGCUGCUGGCAGGGACUCGGAUGACGUGUCGAGCGAGGUACAGCAGAUGCAUCGGCGGUGGACAUCGACACCUCGCGCAGAGAAGCCAAAGCCGAUUCCACAUCCACCCAUGUUUUUCGGGCUCACCCCUCGAGGCGGCACGCCAAGCCCCGUAGAGCGGCGAACGCCUGGUGCAGAUCAGGAUGGUGGGAGCCGAAGUUGCUCGCCCCCACCGCGACCCAUUUCGGCGUUCUCCACCUACGGCAGCACCACCACAGCCCAAACAGCCUCCCCUACGCGUCCGUCUUCGGCGCAACAGCUGCGCUCGCCCUCCUCGGGGCCAGCUGGGGCGACACAGGACUCGAGCAUGACCGCCUUAGAUCUCCCCGUGGCGAUGGGCAAUGACAGCGACCAGGACAUGGAGCCGCCAUCUUUCCGGCCUGAGACUCCAGCGGGGCCCAUGGACAAAGAGACGCGUUCCGCAUCACCACCAGGCGGUUACGAGGAUGACUUUGAGGAGCCUGCGCAUGCCGAAGCAGCCCCAGCCACGCCAUGGCUUGCGGAACCUGCUCCGGCGUCGCCCUGGGCUCCCGAGGAGCCCGAGCCUGCAGUUCCUGCAGAGCCGCCGUCGCAGAAGAACACGGAGGACCUGGCCAGAAGGCUGCUUGAAAAGCAUGGCCCUUCCGCCAACCUCCGUGCCCUGCUGCGCCGUCCCGGCCAAGCCUUAGACGAGUCGGAGGGCCUCGAUUUGGAGAGCUUCAAAACGAAGCUGUACCAUCUCGGUGUGUUCUCCGUCACACCGUUCGACUUCGCAGGGCUCUUCGAUGAGGUGCUGCGGCGAGGAGGAGGAGCUCCCAAGGCUAGCUUAGGGGCCCUAAUCAUGGGCCUCAGCGACUUCUGGCCCACACCUCAAGAGGAGGAGGCUGCAGAUCCACCACAGAAUGUGCAGCCUCAGGCUAGCCCAGGCCCGGCCCAUGCCGCGGCAGCCCCUGCCAAACAGGAGGCCGUCGCACCUGAGCCGAUGCAGGCCUCCAUGAGCUCGCAGCCUCCAGAGCAGGAGAAGAGCGACUACGGCUCAGACUUCGAAGAGGACCCCGCAAAGCAGGCGCCAGAGUCGAGCCCGCCGCCUGCAGCCAAAGAAGAGGAGAAGUAUGCGUACGACUCGGACUUCGAAGAGUCCCUCGCCAACCCGGCGCCGACGCAUUCAUCCGGGCCUGCCGCGCCGACAGGGCCCGGGCAGUCGGCAUCAGCUCAGGAGUACCGCGACUCCAAGCCGGCUCCAGCAGCGGAGCCCAGCCAAGCUGCGGCAGAGGACAAGUACGAGUACGACUCGGACUAUGAAGAGUUCCUUGCCAAGCCGGCACCCGCAGCGGGCGCGCAGCCAAGCCCCGCUGCAGCAGGCCAGGCGGAGGCACGUCCGGAGGUGGACGACUCUGGCCGUAUGCCGCUGCGGCACUAUGAGAGUGAGGACUUCGAGGAGGAGUAUUCCGAUGAAGAUCCGAUCCCUGUCUCACCUCCGAAACCCCAACCGAUGGCUCCGCCAGAUGGCCCUGGCAUCAUGCCGCCCGACGGCCCUCCCAUGAUGGGCGGCCCUCCGAUGAUGGGCGGCCCUCCCAUGAUGGGGGGUGGCCCCCCAAUCAUGGGCCCUCCUGACAUGGACAUGGGCCCGCGAACUGCCAUGACCUACGACUACGAGGAGAGCUUUGAGGCGGACUCCGAGCUCGGCCGCGCCGCGCGCGAGGCAGACGAGAGCAUCGCAUCGGCGUCAGACGAGAUUAUCUAUGCCGAUCGGGUGACAGAAGGAAGCCGUGAACACGACUAUGCUGAAAACUUCGAUGUCGAGAGCGAUGGCAUCGAGGAGGUGAAUGAGCAGGUGUCUGAGACGGCCUCCGUACAGUCCAUGGUGUCUCUUCAGUAG